AUGCUUGUUGAACUUUCUUUUAUGUUUAUUAUUAUUCUUGGUCGAUGGUUAUUACCAAAAGGAAAUAUUUCUCAUAGUGCUUUAUCACAAUUAUUACUUGUCUAUUUAUCACUUGCUUCGGAUAUACUUGAUUUAUUAACAUCACUUGGUGAAACAGAAAUUUAUUUAAGUUCAUCAAUGGUUCGUACUGUUCUUAUUGUUUUUUCUUUAUGUAUGUUUCAAUUUACACUUAAUUUAACUGCUACACGUGGUCGUUCAUUUCAUGCGGAAUUUGAUGAUACACAAAUUGAAAUACGUCAAUCAGCAGAACGACAAUUAGUUUCAAAACCUCUAUCAAGACGUCAACAAAUUUUAGAUAAAUUAAUACCACGAACAAUAUUUUCACCAACAACUCGACCAUUAGCAACAAGUCAAGCAUUACAUGCUAAACGACGUGCAUCAUCAUUUAGUGUUUUUAAUCCACCCGAUACAAUCAUCGAAAAUGUUGAUGUGAACAGUGAUUAUGAAAUGAAAUUGAAUAGAAAUGCUAUCAUUCCGAAACCAACAUUUUCUGAAGUUGAUCCACCAGUAAAUAUUCCUCGUCAACCAAUGAUUCAUGUUUCAUCAAUAGGUUCUCUUAAUUCAUUACAUUCAUCAAUGUGGAAUGCAUCACGUUCUAAACAAGCAUCACGUAAAUCUAUAGCAGACAGUGUGAAGAUCUUUGUUCGUAAACGAUCAGCAAAAUUUCUUCGUUCUGAAAUUUGGUCAAUUCUUGUUACAUUAUCAUUACAAGAUGGUCCGUUUUUUGCUAUUCGUCUUAUUGCUAUUAUCGUCUAUCAUGCACGUUCAUUUUUAACAUAUUUCUUUACGUUUAAAAAUUUUCUUAUUUUGAUUUUUCAAACAUAUCGUAUUGCAUCAAUAUGUUUCGAAAAAGAUGAACAAGAACAAGAAUUUCAAGAAAAAGUUGAUAAAAUUAGACGUAUGAGUGUUGCUGCAUCACAACUUGGUAUACCACUUUAUAGAAAAAUUUAA